AUGAAUAUCCACCUGCGGAAAGAUGGGACGCACGUGUUGUGGUGGCAUCAGAAGUUGCUGCAGCUCUUCGACAUCCUGGCCUUUGCGACGCGGCACAUGAGUGCCGAGCAGUUCUGUGCCAGGCUGGUGGCUAACUGGGAGCAGAACGGUUGCUGUAAACCCGAUAGCGUGUUCCUAUCUUCGCUUCGGAAGCGCUUUCGGCAGGCCCUGGUAGCGUAUCACUACCUCCAGGGUCUUGUCGACGACUUCCCUAAGUCUCUACCUGGCGGGCCGUCGGGAGCUUUAAACGGAUGCUCGUGCUGCGGUGAUGCGGUCUGCAACCAAUGUCGGAGGGCUGCAACUGUGGAGGCAGACGACGGUGCUGCGGGCGGGUCGGGUGGAGAGCAGCUGCCGCCUCCGGAAACCUCGAAGUAG